AUGAAGAAUCAAACUCUAGACAGUUGGGUUUCUCUUCCUACAAAAUUUCUUUGGGAUGAAGGAGGAUGAAUCUGUGCACGUGGAAGCGGCAGCUGAGUCUAAGCCGGCUCUCUGUUCUCUUGUGUGGUCUUAGAUUAUUCCCUUUGAACUUCUCCUUGGUUGUCCAAACUGAGAAAAACUUUUAACCUUUGAUGGGAAAAUGGCAGGGAUAUUCAAGAAAGUAUCAAAAAUAUUUCAGCAAACUUGUGCUCUUCUAUGGAAAAACAUUCUUCUGGUGUGGAGGAUGAAGACAGAAAAUUUUCAGGAAUGGAUUACAUCAGGGUUUUUUGUCUUAUUAAUCUUUAUAUCAUCGAGAAUUAUAUACUCCUACCCGAGGCAAGACAUCCCUUAUGCCUUCCUUGGAAGAUUAGAUGAUCCAGCCUUCAACGCUACGGGAUUCACGGUCUUAUACACACCUGUAACGAACACCACCAGACAAAUAAUGAGCAAAGUGUCUUUGAAUUCUACAAUGACAGGUGUAAAAAUAGAGGGAGUGGAAAAUGAGAAUAACCUGUUCCCAGAAGGAAAUUUCGUGGAAGACCUUAUUGGUGUUGUUUUUAAGGAUGACUUCUCCUACCGUCUCAGAUUUGACCGCUACCGUGUGGUAUCUCCAAGUGAUAUCUUUGACCGUAUCGAAACCUGCUUCGAUUUUUCAUCAAUAUACUGCAAAGUCCCUUCAUACUGGUACAACGGGUUCCUAACGCUGCAGUCCAGCAUUGAUGCAGCAGUCAUAGAAAUGAAAACAAACCAUUCUGUCUGGGAAGAGAUGAAGUCAAUUAGCGGCGUUCGUCUGAAAACACCCUCAAUCAAACCUCUGCAAAAAAUGCAACAUGUUUGGUUCUUUAUUUACAUUGUAAUGUGCUUCUCCCCGUAUAUGUACUUUUUAUCAGUGAAAGUUCUAAGAGAGCAAAAGAAGCUCAAGGUAUUAAUGAAAGCAAUGGGUCUGCAAGAUAUGGCAUUCUGGUUAUCCUGGAGCUUGCUGUACACUGUUUACAUUUCAAUAACGUCAAUUCUGCUGACACUGAUCAUGUUUGGAACAGUCAUCCAUGAUUGCAGCUUUGUUGAAAUAUAUUUUUUUAAUUUCUUUUAUGGCAUAGCAUCAAUUCACUUCUCUUUCAUGACCAGCUCGUUGUUAAAGCAGCCAAAUAUUGUCAGUUUUGUGACGUUUUUCCUUCAUGUCAUCUUUGGAUUCCUGGGCUAUUUCACGUUGUUGGAAAACCUGCCACCGUCUUUGGAAUGGAUUUUUAAUCUUUUCAGCCCUUUUGCCUUCACAGCCGCCAUCUCAAAGAUGAUGAAAUUGGAAAAAUAUGGAAUAGAAUCAUACCCUGUCUUUAACCUGUAUGUCAUACUGAUCCUUGACAGCAUCUUGUAUUUGCUUCUGGCCAUCUACUUUGACCGGGUUUUGCCAGGCAAGUAUGGAGUACCAUAUCCUCCUACAUUCUUCCUGAGACCGUCGUACUGGUUCAAGCGCCAGAGUGGGUACUUGGGAAUGAGAGCUGGUGGUGAGAGAAACCAUGAUCCUUUCCUCAGCAAUAACACCGAGCCAAUGCCUCCAGGCUUUGACGGGAAGGAAGCAAUCAGGCUAAAUGAUAUUAAAAAAAUAUACAAGAAGAAGGACAAGAGAAUUGAAGCCUUAAAGGGUUUUUCCUUAAAUAUAUAUGAAGGCCAGAUCACUGCACUACUUGGUCACAGUGGAUCUGGAAAAACUGCUCUCUUGAACGUGCUCAAUGGAUUUUCCAAGCCUUCAGCAGGUUCUGCAACAAUAUACAACUACCAAGUGUCUGAAGUACAAGAUAUGGAAGGAAUUCGGGCAAUAGUUGGAGUUUGCCCCCAGUUUAAUUUGCAUUUUGAAGCCUUAACGGUGAAAGAAAACCUGAGAACUUUUGCUCACAUCAAGGGGAUCCAGCGAAAGGAAGUAGAGGAAGAGGUACAGAAAGUUCUUGUCGUGUUGGACCUCAGUGAUGUCCAGGAUAUCCGAGCUGGCACUCUGAGUGGGAGCCAAAAAAGAAAAUUGUCUCUUGGAAUUGCAAUUUUAGGGAAUCCUCAGGUGUUGCUUUUAGAUGAGCCAACAGCCGGGUUGGAUCCAGGCUCCAGGCAUCGCGUGUGGAGCUUUCUGAAGGAACGCCAGGCGGGACGCGUGACGCUCUUCACGACCCAGUCCAUGGAGGAGGCCGAUGCUCAUGCUGAUCGGAAAGCUUUUCUCUCAAAUGGGAGAUUAAAGUGUGUUGGCUCAUCUCUGUACUUGAAGAGAAAAUGGGGGAUUGGCUAUCACUUAAGGAUGCGUAUAAAUGACCUGUGUGACCCUGAGCUCACAUCGUCCCUGGUCAAACAGUACAUCCCUGGUGCCAUGCUCAAAGGACAGAACAAGAGUGAGCUGUGUUACAUCCUGCCCCUGGAUAACACUGACAGCUUCCCAGAUCUGUUCAGCCACCUCGAGAGCAGUCACAUGCGGGGCAUUGUUAAUUAUGAGAUUAGUGGGACAACCCUGGAAGAUGUUUUCCUGAAGCUGGAGGGUGAGGAAGUCAUCGAUCAAGAAGAAGACGGAGACCUUGAGGAGAGGGACCAAAACCUCCCGGUGUUUUCUGAAAAGGCGAGCCCGUCAGUGAGCGGGAUGGCGCUCUGGAGGCAGCAAGUGUGCGCUGUGAUGAGAGUUCGCUUCUUAAAACUGAAGCAUGAAGGAAAAUUUCUCAGGUCCAUAUUGCUGUUCUUUGGAAUAUAUAUCCUUCCAAUGCUUAUGACUUUCGUUACAAUGCACGUGUGGGAAAGCAGCAGUAGCGGGGAAAUCACAGCAAGCCCAUAUUUUCUUUCCACCCAAGGGAGAAUUCAAAAUAAGUCAACAAAUCUUCUCAUCUUCAAUGAUACAGGAUCAGAAAUCAAGGAUUUCAUUGCUGCUUUGAAGACUCAAAACAUAAUCGCAGAACUAACUCUUGAGAAAAACAUCACAAGCAUUCCACAACAUAAUGGAGCUAUAAAAAUAUCCAUGGCAGGCAAGAGCUACCAAUUCACGCUCAUGUGCGGUGCAGAACCCGUCAACUGUUUCCCCAUACUUGUGAAUAUCCUCAGCAACACCUUCCUGAGGCUCUUCAAUUCCACUGCACGCUUCCGCAUCUGGAGUGACCCCUUUUACACUUCACGAAGCCCAGGAAUAGAAGGUGAUAUUUUUUUCAUCUGUCUUGGCUACAUGCUGGUUUUGGCUUCUGGUCUACCACCUCUCUUUGCAGUGAGCAACAUGGAGGAUUACAAGCGCCAGGCUCAUGCCCAGCUACGAUGCACAGGGCUCUUCCCCUCAGCAUACUGGUGUGGGCAGGCGCUGGUGGACGUCCCACUUUUCUGGAGCCUGGUGUGCCUCAUGUUUGGGGUCGUGCUACUCUUCACUCGCAUCUGUCCCCUGCAUGUCAUAACCUUGGUGCCCACGAUCAUUUGCUUCAUUGGAUACGGAAUAUCGCUUGUCCUCCUCGUCUAUGUAAUUGCCUUCAAAUUUCGCACGGGACGGAGCAAUCGUUACAUUUGGUCUUUCAUCUUCAUUCUGAUGACUUUCACUACAUAUAUGUUCGGUGAACUUUAUGGAGAACUUUACUACACCUUCUCGGCUUUGGUGCCUUUGUUUCCUCUGCUGGGCUGGAUGUCGUUCUCUGCACCACAUUUUAUGUUUUACGAAGAUGAAGAUCAGUCUCUUUCUGAGUUAUGGAAUCGCAUCUUGGUAGCUGUCUUUUCGCCUUACGUCCACUGCGUGAUUUUUGCUUUUCUCCUGCGCUGUUUGGAGAUGAGAUACGGAGAAGCAGUAACGAGUCUUGAUCCCAUCUUCAGGAUCCAGAAGAAGAGAGGAGUUGCCCACCAGAACAAGGACCCCCCUGGGGAGGAGUGCCCCGAAGUCCAGGCUGAGAGGGAGCGGGUGAGGAGCGCCAUAGCCUCCCCGCAGCAGGAUGAGGAGUCCGUUAUUGUUGUCAACUGUUUGCGCAAGGAAUACGAGGACAAGAAAGCCAGUACCAUCUUUAAGAAAAAGAAGAAAGUUGCUGUCAAAAACCUCUCUUUUAGUGUUAAAAAAGGGGAAGUAUUAGGUCUAUUAGGACCCAGUGGAGCUGGAAAAAGCACAACUAUAAACAUGAUUUCUGGAGACACAACAGUGACUGCUGGGGAGGUGCUGCUCGAGGGCUGGGGUGCAGCUGCCUCCUCCCCAGGGCAGGGCAGCCCGGGGCGCCUGGGCUGCUGCCCACAGCGGGACCCGCUCUGGCCAAACCUCACGGUGCAACAGCAUCUGGAGGCGUACGCUGCUGUGAGAGGAAUGAGGAAAGAAGACGCAGCUGUUAUAAUCAGCCGCAUAGCAAAGGUCUUGGAUCUUCAGAAGCAUUUAAAAACGCCUGUUAGGAGGAUAUCUGCUGGAGAAGCCAGAAAGCUGUGUUUUGCACUGAGCAUCCUGGGAGAUCCAACGGUAAUGCUUUGGGAUGAGCCAUCAAGGGGCAUGGACCUGAAAGGGCAGCGCCGCAUGUGGAAAGUGAUUCAGACUGCCAUCAAAAGCAAGGAGCGGGCAGCUAUCCUCAGCACGCAGCACCUGGAGGAGGCAGCAGCCAUCUGCGACCGAGUGGCCAUCCUGGUGUCGGGGCAGCUACGGUACAUUGGUUCCCUUGAGGACCUGAAAAGCAAGUUCGGCACAAGUUACCACCUAGAAAUCAAAAUGAUGGACCCAGGGCAAAGCGAUGCUCUCCACGCUGAAAUCCUGCGCCUCUUCCCACACGCGGCUCGUCAAGAAAGGACUUGUUCUUUCCUCAUCUACAAGAUACCAAUGGGAGAUGCACUACCUCUGUCCCAGUCUUUCUCCAAGCUCGAAGCAGCUAAACAGAAUUUCAGGCUUGAAGAGUACAGCUUGUCAUUACACACUCUGCAACAGAUGCUUGUAGAAGUCACCCAGGACCUGGAGGAUCAUGACAUGGAUGUGGUAUCUGAUGGGGCUGUGGAGCAGAAACUACUUCACCCCUGAGCCCUUGGAGCCACAAAGGAAAACGUUCAGCGCACUUCAACAGCGUUACUGAUACGAGUGACUGGAUGCAGCCCUAGGAUUUGGUUACCUGUGUCUCAUCACAUAGAGCCUUGCAGCUUUUCUGCCUCACAAAGUAAAACAAAACAAAACAAAA